CGUAGAUUUGAAUAGAUGAGCUGAGGCCCUUCAGUCUGUGCCGAUUCAGAGCGGUGCCUGUCAAGCGUUGAGCAGCACAGCGACCAGAAGGACCGAAGAAAGAAAACUGUACCCUGCCCUCCUGGACACCAUCAUCAGCUCCCUCACUGCAACCGUCAGUUUUAAGGUCCACAUCUGACUCCAGCUGCCACCAUGGCCACAACACCGAUCUCUGCUGAGGAGAUGGAAGAUCUCAGAGAAGCUUUUGCCAAAAUUGAUGUGGACGGCAAUGGCUUCAUCAGCAAGGAUGAGCUCACCGAGCUCUUCAGGGCUGCCAACCUGGCUCUGCCGGGAUACAGAAUCAGGGAGAUCGUCCAGGAGCUGACCAAAACCAGCGACAAACUCACCUUCGAGGAGUUCACUGAGAUUGUCCACGGUCUAAAGAGCUCUGAAGUGGCCAAAACCUUCAGGAAAGCCAUCAAUAAGAAGGAAGGAAUUCGUAACGUGGCAGGAACCUCAGAGCAGUCCGGCACUCAGCACUCAUACUCAGAGGAGGAGAAGGUGGCUUUUGUGAACUGGAUCAACAAAGCUCUGGAGAAGGAUCCAGACUGUCAACAUGUUCUCCCAAUGAAUCCCGACACUGACGACCUGUUCACCGGGAUGGGAGAUGGAAUCGUCGUCUGUAAAAUGAUCAACCUGUCAGUCCCCGACACCAUCGAUGAGAGAACCAUCAACAAGAAGAAGCUCACUCCUUUCACCAUCCAGGAGAACCUGAACCUGGCUCUGAACUCUGCGUCGGCCAUCGGAUGCCACGUGGUCAACAUCGGGGCCGAGGACCUGAAGGAGGGCAGGCAGCAUCUGGUCCUGGGUCUGCUGUGGCAGGUCAUCAAGAUCGGCCUGUUUGCCGACAUCGAGCUUAGCAGGAAUGAAGCCCUGAUUGCUCUGUUACGGGAUGGAGAGAGUCUGGAGGAUCUGAUGAAGCUUUCCCCUGAGGAGCUGCUGCUGCGUUGGGCCAACUACCACCUGGAGGAGGCCGGCUGCGGAAAGAUCAACAAUUUCAGCUCAGACAUCAAGGACUCUAAGGCGUACUACAACAUCCUGAACCAGGUGGCCCCCAAAGGAGACGAGGAGGGAAUCCCCCCCAUCGCUGUGGACAUGUCAGGAAUCAGGGAGAAAGAUGACCUGAAGAGGGCCGAGUGCAUGCUGGAUGAGGCCGACAAGCUUGGCUGCAGGCAGUUCGUCAUGCCCGCAGACGUCGUCCGCGGCAACCCCAAGCUCAACUUGGCUUUUGUUGCCAAUCUGUUCAACAAGUACCCAGCUCUGAAGAAGCCAGAGAACCAGGACAUCGACUGGAGCUCCAUCGAAGGUGAAACCCGGGAGGAGCGAACCUUCAGGAACUGGAUGAACUCUCUGGGCGUCAACCCUCGCGUCAACCACCUCUAUGCAGACAUCGAUGAUGCCCUGGUUAUCUUCCAGCUGUACGAGAAGAUCAAAGUACCAGUAGACUGGGACAGAGUCAACAAGCCUCCCUACCCUAAACUUGGCAGCAACAUGAAAAAGCUGGAGAACUGUAACUACGCAGUGGAGCUCGGCAAGAAGGAGGCCAAGUUCUCUCUGGUUGGAAUUGCCGGUCAAGACCUAAAUGCAGGGAAUCGAACCCUCACUUUGGCUCUGCUCUGGCAGCUCAUGAGGAGAUACACACUCAACAUCCUGGAGGAUCUGGGCGACGGACAGAAAGUGGUGGAUGACACCAUCGUCUCCUGGGUCAACGGAACACUCACAAAUGCUGGAAAAGGCACCAUCUCCAGCUUUAAGGACAUGUCUAUUAGCAACAGCAUACCGGUUCUGGAUCUGAUCGACGCCAUCCAGCCCGGAUCCAUCAGAUACGACCUGCUGAAGACCGAAGACCUGAAAGAGGAGGAGAAACUCAACAAUGCAAAGUACGCCAUCUCCAUGGCUAGGAAGAUCGGCGCCCGCGUGUACGCGCUCCCAGAGGACCUGGUGGAGGUGAAGCCUAAAAUGGUGAUGACGGUGUUCGCCUGCCUGAUGGCGCGCGGCAUGAGGAGGGCCUAGAGGGACCGGACCGCUGACCCGACGCAUCCAGAACCAGAGAGCCGAGCGAAGAUCUCUUUUCUUUCUAAGCAUGCAGGCUCUGACACAUUUUAAAAACAGUCUGUUACAUUUUCAUACGUUUAGAUUUCUAAAUGUCAUUUCCUUAAACACGGACCGGACUCAGAUGAUUUCUGUCGACGCUCAUCAAGCAGAAUUAAUCUUGCGUCUAAAACGUUUCUUUAAGGGAUAUGAAGUUAAUUCUGAACAUCUGUAAACUCAGUCAGAUUCUGCCUAAAACAUAGAGAACAAAUCCCUCCAAAAGUUCCAGUCCAACCAGGCCGAUCACCCAUGGCUACCUGAUGCCGCCUCAGGAAGGAAUCUAAGGCUUCAGAUUUAAACUCAGUAUUAUUUAUUUGUUUGGGUCCAGCUGAUCUGACUUGUCAGUUUAAAGGUGCCAUAUUAGCUUUUUAAACAUGAAGAAUUUCUACUUCCAUUUCAUUUCACUAAGUCUUAUCUUUCAGUACCAAAGCUGUACAGCUCGAAACAUGAGUUCCUGUUACUCCGGUCCAGAGCAAAUUUACUCCAUCAUUGAUUUACAGCUUUUCACAAGUGUAUAAACCAAAUAAAGAGACUUUUUUAUUAGAA